UUAUAUAAGACUCCUCCACAUCCGAAGAAAGGACACGCAGAUCAAACCGAACACCUAGCCCCUCCAGGACAGGACAAGCAGCUAUGGAACUCUCACAAAGGGCGCCGCGCGGGGUCUCCAGGGACCGCCUCAUGUUCUCUUCCUCGGAUGAUAACGCGAUGCUGAAGCAGAUCGUAUCCACUCAUGCCCCGGAUGGCCGGGAAUUUGAGGUCCGCCCAAUGCUUCACUUGGUGGAGGACAUAUUCAAGCGUUCCGAGGUCACUGGCCCCGGCAUGGUCCCCGCGGGGCAACCGCAUUCAGAUAUUCUGGAUGAUAGAAUCAUCCGCGACAUGCUCGAGUUCCUGUCUUACACUAUAAACAGAGUCGCCUGCGAGAUGUCCUGCAAGUGCAUGAGUGGGGGAGAUGCCCACGCCACGGCUGUGAACGUGUUCAACAUCCUCUCGAGCUACAGCUGGGAUGCCAAGGCAGUGCUCGCGUUGGCAGCGUUCGCAGUAGGCUACGGCGAGUUCUAUCUCGUGGCCCAGCUCUACACUAGCAACUCCCUCGCCAAGGGUGUCGCUGCCCUCAAGCAGCUUCCCGAGAUCUUCGAGCGGAUUGACAUCCUCAAGCCCAAGUUCGACGCACUCAAGAGCCUGCUCAGUGCAAUGGUGGAGCUAACCAAGUGCAUCAUCGAGUUGAGGGAGCUUCCUUUGCAGUACAUCAGCCCCGAAACACCGGAGCUUGAGACCGCGACUUCGCACAUCCCCACCGCGACCUACUGGAUCAUCAGGAGUGUCGUGGCCUGUGCCUCCCAGAUUACUGGUCUCGUUGGAAUGGGAGCCGAAUAUAUGGCUUCGGCAUCUGAAGCGUGGGAAUUAUCGAGCUUGGCGCAUAAGAUCAACAGCAUACAUGACCAUCUAGUGAAACAGCUCACCCGGUGUCACCAUUUGAUAAAUGAGAAGAAGCACAUCGAGGCAUUCCAGAAGCUCGCAAAGCUCUUCGAUAUGCCCCACAUUGAUAACAUCAAGAUCCUCCAGGCAUUGAUCUAUGCCAAGGACGAUCAGCCUCCACUCAUCGAUGGCUCAACCAAGAGAAGGGUCGGGCUCGAGGAGCUGAGGAGGAAGAACGUGCUGCUGCUGAUCUCAGAGAUUGACAUCCCAGCGGAGGAGCUGGCAAUACUGGAGCAGAUGUACAUGGAGGCGAGGCAGCACCCGAUGAGGCCUGAGAGCCAGUAUGAGAUCGUAUGGAUCCCGGUGGUGGACACGUCAGUCCUGUGGACGGAUGAGAUGCAGAGGCAGUUCGAGGCCACGCAGUUGAUGAUGCCGUGGCACUCGGUGCACCACCCGUCGCUCAUCGACCCCGCUGUGAUCAAGUACAUCAAGGAGGUGUGGAAGUUCAACAAGAAGGUCGUGCUUGUGGUAUUGGACCCACAGGGGAAGGUUGUCAACUACAACGCACUCCACAUGAUGUGGAUAUGGGGAAGCUUGGCUUACCCCUUCACCAGUGCUAAGGAGGAAGCCCUCUGGAAGGAAGAGACUUGGAGGAUCGAGUUGCUCGCGGACACCAUCGAACCGCUAAUCUUUAACUGGGUAUCAGAAGGGAGGUACAUAUGCCUUUACGGUGGAGAGGACAUGGAAUGGAUCCGUAAAUUCACGACAACUGCUCGGGCGGUUGCUGAUGCCUCUAGGGUCCCGCUUGAGAUGCUGUAUGUCGGGAAGAGCAACCCGAGGGAGAAAGUCCGGAGGAACAAUGCAGCCAUCAUGCAAGAGAAGCUGAGCCACACGCUCCCCGACCUGACCCUGAUAUGGUUCUUCUGGGUCCGGCUGGAGAGCAUGUGGCACUCCAAGGUGCAGACCGGGAAGAGCGUGGAGAACGACCCAAUAAUGCAGGAGAUCAUGACGAUGCUGACCUACGACGGGAGCGACCAAGGGUGGGCGGUGAUCAGCAGGGGAUCCGCUGAGAUGGCCAAAGCAAAGGGCGACACGAUAGUGACCACCCUGAAGGACUAUGAUAACUGGAAGGAGAAGGCACACCAGAAGGGCUUUGUGCCCGCGCUGAAGGACCGGCUGCAGGAACUCCACACCCCGCACCACUGCACCCGCCUGAUACUGCCAGGGACCGCCGGGCGGAUACCCGAGAGGGUGGUCUGCGCGGAGUGCGGGCGAGCCAUGGAGAAGUUCAUCAUGUACCGCUGCUGCACGGAUUAAUUUAAAAUCACAGGAUACGUGCUUCCUUACAAGUUGUGUGCCAAUAAUUUGACCGUGUAUAUUUAUUUAGAAGCUACUAUUGUCAUCUCUUCUAUAAUGGCCAUAUGAAAGGCCAAUGCUGUACCUAUUGUGUAUGAAUCAAAUGUACAUCAUUUUAAUAACGACUAUCAAAGAUGUGUUUCUAAUCCGGCCAGUCGAUUCAUUUCA